AUGGGCUCCUUCUCCACCAUCACCGUGAGCUUCCUCCUCUUCCUGGCAUUUCAGCUUCCAGGUCAAGUGGGAGCUAACCCCGUGUACAAUGCUGUGUCCAAUGCAGACCUGAUGGAUUUCAAGAAUUUACUGGACCGUCUGGAGGACAAGAUGCCUUUAGAAGAGGAGGCCAUGCCCCCACAAGUACUAAAUGAGCAGAAUGAUGAAGCUGGGGCAGCCCUCAGCUCCGUCCCUGAGGUGCCUCCCUGGACUGGGGAGGUCAGCCCAGCCCAGAGAGAGGGGGGUGCUCUCGGAAGGGGACCCUGGGACUCCUCCGAUAGAUCUACCCUCCUGAAAAGCAAGCUGAGGGCACUGCUCACUGCCCCUCGGAGCCUGAGGAGGUCCAGCUGCUUCGGGGGCAGGAUGGACAGGAUUGGAGCACAGAGUGGACUGGGCUGCAACAGCUUCCGGUACCGAAGAUAACAGCCAGGGAGGCAAAGGCGGG